UGGCUGUACAAAGUAUUACAAUAAACUGCUAUAAUUCAGAAGGGCUCAUCUGUGUGUGUUGUUGCAACGAGAAGGAAGAAACGGAGCAGCGGUUUGGUGUGGCAGAGCAAGACGUCUUAUCGAGAGGAGGAUGGUGGUGCUGGGGCUGCGUGAUUUGCUGUGUGACUGUUGAGGAAGGGAGGACCUGGGGGUGCUGACAGGGAGCUCUAUGGUUCAAAUGACACCCUUUUACAGCUGGAGAUCUGGGCAGCAGGGGAGGUGCUGUGCUCAGCGCUGCCCUGCUGCUGCAGGAGGUGCCUUGGAAGGUGCUUGUUGACUUCUUGUUCACCAUCCUUGAAAAUGACAUGGACAGAGGAGGUAGCAGAGCCAGGGAUGAACAAUGAGCUCUGGGCACGGGAGGGGACCAGGCAGUGAGGUCUGACAGGACCUUAUAUUGCCGGAGAACAGGGAAGGUGGGAGGCAGCUCUCCUCUCCCCUGUGCACUGCAUCCAGUGCUCUCCUAAGCCUGUCCCCAUUCUAGGACUCUUGGUGUGAUGAGGAUCCAGCAGGUGUAAGACUGAAUAUGUGUGGUCAGACCCUAUGCUGAGGUAUUCCUGCUUAUCUUUUUUCCUUCUUCCCGUGCAGCUUUUCCAGCCUUAGCUGUAAGAAUUGCUGACCCUGAAUCAGGCAGUGCCUCCUGGGAUUCGUUUGGUGCUCGCACAGAUGCUGUGUUGGGUUCUGCUGGGCUGGAAUAUCAGUGGGGAUACAACUCGCUCUGCGGGGGAGAUUACUCUUACAGCAUAUUUUUUCUGCUUAAAAUGCAGCAGUGCGUGCCUUUCUGUGAGUCCUAUAGGAGCCUGCAAAUGCCUUUUGGUGCUGUAACUUUUGGCCCCGUUUCAGGUGACUGAAGGGGAGCAGAUGGCUGUGAUCUGGUGGGCUGUGUCCUUGUGUCCAUGCACAGGCUGGGCUCCUGUUGCUGCGGAUGUAGCCGUGUUCUCCUGCCUCCAUGUCCCGCAUCCAACUGGAACACGUUCGCUUUUCUCUCCCUGUACUGCUGAGCUGCACUUCUGAAUUUCCUUGUAACGCGGAUGUGUUUUCCAGAUGGCUCCCUCUAUUUUUUGCUCUUCCACUGUCACAGCGAUGGUGACAGCAGCCAUGAAUUUAAAUAACGUUCAUCCUUGGAAGAAUUGGGUUGUACCUGGAGUAAAGAGGUGUAAGAGCAGCUGGAUGAGAGGCAGCCAGCCCUCAGGGACUCCUGAGUCCUCCCAGUUCCACACUGAUGUCUCAGUUUGGGCCAAGUCCUACCGAUCUGACCGCCUCCAAGUCCGUGUUCCCUGAUCCAUUACUGCGAUGUGUUCUAAGGCAGUGUUUGAAUGGAGGAAGGUACCGAGGUGUAACCCUGUCUGCUCCUGUCUUUUGUGUGAAGCUCCUGCUGUUCCUGCAGCUCAGCCUCACCUCACUUCAUCCAGGCUGCAGCACUGAUGGUCGUGAACCUGCUCUUGUUUUCACUGGAGUCUUCGCAUCCUGAGGCGUGCGUUAAAGCUGGAGGCAGAUGUCUGCUGCAUUCACUGAUGCAUCUCCCUGAGCUUUUCCCCCCUUGUGUUCCUGUGCUUAGUCUUUGUGCCUGGAGGAGAAGACAAUAUCAAAGUGAGAGCUGAAAUCCCACCUUGAGCCUUUCCCAUAGUGGCUGCAGGGAUGAACCCUGAGCUACGACGGUGUCACUUCAGGCUGGACUUUGUUAAAAGACACAGGAACCCCGACCUGGCAGUUUGCUCUGUUUUCUUACAUCAGACAAGGAAUGUGCCCCAAGGACAAGAGGGUGCUGCAGCCCUGCCACCCCACAGGCUUUGUCCUAAAAGGGCCCUUGGCUCUGUGACCAGCAGGGAGGGGAAACGCUCAGACAAGAGCUGAGAUAAUUUCACUUCCCUUUGCUUUAAUGACACAAUUUCUCACUUCUCUUCAGCAGAACAGCAGCUGGAAAGGACUGUGGAGGGGAGCUGGGGUCGUGCCAGCAUGUGCUGCUGGGUGAUGUCAUGGGGUGCCUCAUCGGUACCUCCUCCUUUGGGUGAAUUCAGAGCUCCUGGUCGUGACAGGUUUAUACCAAAUCUGUGAGUAAAUGUGCUGGGGGAGUGCCACAGAGAGCAGAUACAGAGCUGAGAUCGGUGUGUCCACAUCAUACAGCCCUAUGAGGAAGCGUGGGCAACGUGCAAGCAAAGAGCAAACCGUGGGUGUAAGCAGCUCGCUCACAAGGCCUGCAGCUCCUGCAGAGGUCAGGGAGGAAGGGUCAGCAGCUCUUCCUUCUCACUGCUCCCACAGGUGUGUUAUGAGCAGCUCUGCAGAGCGCCCACACCUCCAGCACUCAGGUCUGCAGUGCUGAGCCCUCGUGCUGACCACUGAGGGAGUAUGGGGGAAACGAGGUGGCUUCUGUGGCUCCCUGCUCCCUGUCCCGCUUCCUCCUUGCUUACGUUGAUGGAGGUGGGAGGCGGAAGGGCACAGACCGCAGUGCUGGAGCUGCUCCAGGGAUGGGUGCGGGAGCCUGGGAAGUGGAUGUGGCCGGGCUGCUGACCAGCACCCCGCUUCCCUUCCUGCCCCCGUGCUUCCAGAAAUGGCCUUUUGCUUUCUGCUCACACCUAUUGCUGCCUUCCCUCUGGGUUAAAUGAGGGAUCCUCUCUCACAGUCACUCUGGAUUGGAGGCUACGUCCUCAGCCUCUGUUUCCCAACCUGAAGGUGUUGUGCUCUCAGCUGCUCACACUGGCGGCUCACCUGGUUCCCUUUAGGCUGUCAUUUGCUUUGCUGGGCUAUUUCCUUCCACCUCCCCAAGGUGGCUGCAGUUGUUGGUGUGAGAAUCAAUGAAGGCGAAUGAGCCAGCAAGGUCCAUCCUCCACUCAGAGCAGUCCUCCCUGCAAAGCAAUACUCAGCAUUAUAUGCUUCUCCAGAUCCCCUCUUUGUGUGUUGAGGAUGCUGUGGGACCUCCCAGCCCUGGGGUCAACCCCCUGCAGCUCCUGCCCUCAGUCAGUGUCCUUGUGUUGGGGACCAGGGGGCUGUGCAGCUGGUGCUGAUGCUGCUGACCUCGAGUAACACCCUGGGAAUUUUGCCCCGCUGCGGAGUUUCUGCCAUCUGCUCUGGUUCGCUUGAACGCCGAGUGCUUCUCUCUUUUCCUUCUUGAUUUUUAGACUUCAAACUUCCUUGAAAAUGCAGGAAAUGAAACCGCGGGGCCUUUUUAGUGAGUGCUGUGGGAGCACUGAGCCUCCGAACAGAGAAGAAAUGAAAUUCAGGGAAACGCGCUGAGGUUGAACCCAACCACCGCAAGCAGCCUCAGGCUGGUCCCGCUGCACCCUGGGGCCCUGCCCACAGCCCCCACCCCGUGGUUCCUCCUUGCAGCCGGGGCUGCCUGUGGGUGCACGACCCGGGGUGUGAACGCCUCGCCGCGCUCUCUGCCUCCAUGUGACUGCAGUUUCCGUUCGCUUCUUCCGCAAAGCCCAUCUUAGCGCUCGGCAGAAAGCGGGUGGGAGAACACCUCGGUGGUUUGCAUCCGGCCCCGGCCCCAUAGAACCCCCCCCAGCACAGUGCAGGGGCUGCAGGCUGCAGGAUGAGCUGCUGCAGGCCCCACGCGCUGUCACAGGUGGUGAGUAGCUGCCCCCCAAAAACAAGGGAGGAUGGAGAUGGGAGGCCAAAGCUGGGCAGAAACAAGGCAGCGGUGGGGGAAAAGAAGAGGGGUUUGGGUGCUGCUGCCAAGCUGGAGGCAAAACCUUUGGGGUUCUGGGGAGCUGUGCUAUGGUGGGGGCACCACAAGGACCUGACAUGGACGUUGAAGGCUCAGAGGGGUGGUAGCUUUCACCUAGAGAAAGGGGUCUUCCUCCAGUCCCCCCUGGAUUUGGUAUCAGCUUCCUUCCUUUGGCUGCCCCAAUAGACAGACAUAACCCAGGAGGUGUCCCCAUUUUACCCCCAGCCAUGAGGCUCUGGCUCCCCAGGCUGCCAAAAAUAACAUCCGAUCGCUUCUUCAAGCACCAGCUAUGAGAAGUCCGAGCCCUCGUUGCUCAUUUGCCUGAGCUUCAGCUUUAUCCCCAGAUGCAAAUACUGGCAGCUCCUGACCCACAAAAGAAGCAACAGGGGGCCCUUGUGCUGAAAAGCAGCGCUUCCCCAGUGCUGGGGUUGGAGUGUUGGCACUGGGGAGGAGGCUGUAAGCUCCGGGAGGGCUGUGGUUGUGUGAUGUCUGUCCUGUAGAGCAGUGUUGUGUGUGUGCUGCUCUGUCCCUCGCUUUCUCCUGUCCCAUGGGGGUCUCUGUGCUGUGGGUGGUAGCUGGGCAGCUUGUGGUGGCUGAAUGCUGCGGGCAGGAAGGUGUGCAAGAGUGACCACUGCUGUGCUGGGUUCCCUUGGAUGCUGUUGAGCUGACUGUGCUGCAGCUGCUGACCUCUCUGUGCCCACAGGAUUGCUGCUGCUGAGAUGGAGGCCCUGCUGCCUGUUUUCUCCCUGCUACUUCUGGCAGUAGGAUGGGGAGAUGGGGCGGGCGCAGCGUGGGCAGUGUCUCCUGGUGGUUGCGAGCAUGUGCAGAGCACUGCAGACUGCAGGAGGAAAUGGUUGAGCUCUGUCCCUGGGAAUCUGCAAGGUGACAUUGAAGUGCUGUUGCUGGAUGACAACACUAUCCGGGUCCUGGGCCGUGCCUCUCUGCUCUCAUACCACCAGCUGAAGCAUCUCAGCCUGACCAAAAACCGGAUGGAGCUCAUCAAGCCUGGUGCCUUCCUAGGCAGCCAGGGCCUCCACGCUCUGUCCUUGGCAGACAACCAGCUCUUCACCAACUACUCACUGACAGCAGCUGCUCUUUCUGCUUUGCCAGCCUUAAGAACGCUCGAUCUUGCUGGAAACCAGCUCACUGAGGACAUGGCUUCUGUUUUGCUCAGCAACCUGUCUUCCUUGGAGUCCUUGUCCAUGGCUAGGAAUGUCAUCAUGAGACUGGACUCUUCUAUCUUCACCAACCUGACGCAGCUCUUGGAGCUGAACCUGGAGAGGAACUACAUCUUUGAGAUUGACCGAGCUUUUGAAGGGCUGCAGAGGCUGCAGAGGCUCAACAUAGCUUACAACUACAUGACGUGCAUCGUGGACUUCAACCUGACCCAGCUCCGGGUGCUCAAUGUCAGCUACAAUAUCAUCGAGUGGUUUCUGGCCCUGGAAAGCGAUGACCUCUUUGAGCUGGAGGUGUUGGACCUGUCCCACAACCAGCUCCUUUUCUUCCCCGUGCUGCCCCGGCAGAGCAAGCUGCACUCCUUGCUGCUGAAGGACAACGAGAUGAGCUUUUACCAGCUCCUCCCCAAUGGCACGUCCCUGGAGAACGUCACCGUGCAGUUCCUGCUCAUCGAUGGCAACUCCACCAACGUCACGACGGUCAGGCUGUGGGACGAGGUCUGCUACAGCAACCUCUCCUCCCUGCGCCUCCUGGACAUGAGUCAGAACCAGUUCUGGUACCUGCCGGAGGGUUUUCUGGCUAAGAUGCCCUCUCUGACCCACCUGAAGCUCAACCAGAACUGCCUGGAGACCUUCCACUUGUCACAGCGGGACCCCCUGGCCAUGCUGACGGACCUGGACCUCAGUCAGAACCUGCUGACGGAGCUGUGGGAGGACAUGGGCACCGGGCCCACCCUGCCCAGCCUGCAGCAAUUCAACCUCAGCACCAACAUGCUGCGGGCGCUUCCUGCCGGCAUCUUCACUCACACCAAGCACAUCACUACAGUUGACCUCAGCUACAACCGCCUCGACCUGUGUCCCCAGCCGGUCAUUUUGGGCCAAAGUGCCCCCUGUGUGGACAUCAGGGGCCUCACCACCCUGACCCACCUGUCCUUGGCCGGCUGUGGUCUACGGGCUCUGGGCGGCCACCCCUUCCGAGGGACAGCCCUGACCCAUCUGGACCUCUCCGACAACCGGGAGGCUCUGCUGGGGGACCUGGGGUGGCUGCGGGACCUGGCUGCGACGCUGCAGGUGCUGUCCCUCCGCAACACCAACCUGUCCUCCACCACCUCGGUGGAUUUCUCUGCCUUCCAGAGCCUGGUGGGCCUGGACCUGUCGGGGAACACCCUGACCGCCCUCCCCGCCUCGCUGGGCGCGCUGAAGCUGCUCAGCCUCGACCUGCGGGACAACUGCCUGACGGCUCUACCUGCGGACAUGGCCUGGAGGCCGCUGGGGAGGAGCCUGCAGGAGCUCUACCUCAGCCGUAACCCCUACAACUGCUGCACGCUGGGCUGGUGGCAGGCCCUGCAUGGCGUGGAGCAGCUGCGUGUCCCCGACGGGCGCGAGGUGACCUGUAACUACGACUCACAGCGGCUCAGUGCUUGGGUGCUGCCUGAGCCCGUCCUGCGGGACUGCCAAUGGAGGACGGCCGACAUGGCCCUGCUCUACCUGGUGCUCGCCCUGCCCACCUGCCUGACGCUGCUGGUGGCCUUCACUGUGCUCUUCCUCAUGCUGAAGCCAAAACUGCUGAAAAUGGUGAAGAGGAGGUGCGGGGUGUCCAGCCCGUACUGAUGGCUGAGGAGGCAGAAGGGCCCUAUGGGGAGCGGAGGGGAGCGUGCAGGUGGGGGGAUUGAGAACUUGCAUCCAUCUGGUGGCCCAUUGCUGGUGUUUUGGGCUGCCUGGUGCUUGCUUUUAUUUAUUCACACCGCUGUGGUCACCCUCCAUAUGUGACCACAGGGACAUGCCCAGAGGCCAACACGAAACCGGCGCAGAUGUGAACUUCCAUGGUGAACGUUUCACAUCUGCGUGUUUUGGAGGGCGAGGGCUGCAAUCCACACGUGGAAAGGUAAAGUGGAAGAGGGGCAGAUCUAUUUGGAUCUGUCAGUGAAGCUUCAGCCUUAGGGUAAACCACUAAGAACAGAAGGACUGGGAUGCUGACCCCGUCCCACACUGCACUGGUGGUGGCACCACUGCUGGCAGUGCCCGCUGUGCCAGUGAGACAGAACCUCAGACCUCAGGGAUGUACAACAACUGGCCGAAAGACACAAGAAUAAAUUAUAUUUCUGGUAA